UGCCCUGAGUUUUGGCCUUAAUUUUUACGGCAUAACCUAUGAUUUUCACGUGUUUGAGUAUAUUGUUUAUACGAUUGUUAAUUAGAAGUGGCCAUCUGUUAAAGUGAUUGUAGAUAAUAAACAUGCCAUCUACAACCCAAAUGAAAAGUCCAACAGAAGACCAACUUAUAUUGGAUGCGCAAAGUCCACAAACUACUGAAAAUGAGAAAAUUAAAAUGAAGAAACAUAUGGGACUCCUUGAAGGGGUUGCAAUCAUUUUAGGAAUUAUUUUCGGAUCUGGAAUUUUUAUAUCUCCAAAAGGUGUAAUUGAAGAAGUGGAUUCUGUAGGUUGUGCUCUCGUGCUCUGGAUCCUUUGUGGUCUGCUAUCAAUGAUAGGAGCUCUUUGUUAUGCAGAAUUAGGAACUUGUAUUCCAAAAUCAGGUGGUGAUUACACUUAUAUUAAUGAAGCUUAUGGCUCGUUGCCAUCAUUCUUAUAUCUAUGGGCUGCCAAUGUGAUUUUUGUGCCUACCACCAAUUCAAUAAUGGGAUUAACAUUUGCAAAAUAUGUGAUUCAACCGUUUUUCCCUAAUUGCGACAUGCCGGAUUUGGGCGUUAGAUUGGUUGCUGCUGCCGUGAUUUGUUUCUUGACAUUUCUUAACUCUUACAAUGUUAAAGUGACUAUGAAGCUGCAGAAUGUGUUCAUGUUCUGUAAACUGGGGGCUUUGAUACUCAUAGUUUCCAUUGGCAUUGUGUGGAUGUGCCUUGGCAAUAUAGAGAAUUUUUCAAAUGCCUUUGCUCAUACAACAACAAAUCCGGGAAAAAUUGCUACCGCUUUCUACAGUGGUAUUUUUUCUUAUUCUGGAUGGAACUAUCUUAACUUUAUGACUGAAGAGCUGCAAGAUCCAUUUGUAAAUCUACCCAGAGCAAUCUAUAUUUCACUACCGCUGGUCACGACUAUUUAUGUUUUGGCCAAUAUGGCCUACAUGUCCGUUUUAACUCCUGCUGCUAUUGUUUCUACAGAUGCAAUUGCUGUGACCUUUGGGAAUGCUGUAUUAGGAAAGUACAGUUGGAUUUUGGCAUUAUUAGUGGCUGUUUCUGCCUUUGGAGGUUUGAGCGUGCACAUCAUGUCCUCAUCCAGAAUGUUAUAUGCAGGAGCUAGGAAUGACCAAUUCCCAGUAAUGUUGGCUCAUUUAAAUGUGAAAACGCUCACUCCCGUUCCUAGCUUAUUAUUUUUGAAUGUGCUUUCUCUGAUAAUGUUGUGUUCAAGCAACAUUCAGCUUCUUAUUCACUACUGUACUAUCGUAGAAACCUUUUUCGUAACAUUGUCGGUUUCUGGGGUUCUGUAUUUAAGGUGGAAGUAUCCUAAAAUGGCACGCCCGAUUAAAGUUCAUAUCAUAGUUCCUAUUAUGUUCGUCAUCAUAUGCAUAUUCCUGUUGAUUUUACCCGUUGUGAAGUCUCCUUUAGUACUUUUAGGAGGAGUUAUGAUCACUUUAAGUGGAGUGCCUGUAUACUACUUUGGUAUUAUGCAAGAAAAGAAGCCAAAGAAGUUUAACAAGUUUAUGAGACAUGCGACUAUUUUUUGCCAGAAAGUGCUUUUAUCUGCCCAUGAAGAGGAAUAAAUGUUGUAUUUAUCUUCUCUGAUUAACUAGACUGCUCAAUAGAAGGUUUAAUUGCCAGUUUCCUUUCGUUCUAGGUUUAAGUCACUUCUCUUUGAGAAUUAAUUUAUCGUGAAUAUGUUUGUAAACUUUGAUUUUCUAAAGUUUUUUGCGUGAUAUUUAAUUGAUUUAAUUUCGAUUUAGCCUAAUUUAUCACUUAUAAUAAGUAUUUUGAUUGGUUUAUUGUAUGCUUAUGCAUAGGAUGUGUUGUAUUAUUUGAUUUAUUUAACAUGUCUUUGGAAAAAUUGAGUUUCUAAGCGGUUUUUUGAAUAGUGAUUAUAAAAUGCUUCAAAUGAGU